ACGUAUUCACAUAACGAAGGCAACGCUGCAAUACUUGAAUGAGGACUACGAGGUGGAGCCAGGUUAUGGUGGAGAGCGGAAUGCCUACCUGAAGGAGAAUAGCAUUGAAACAUACCUGAUCGUUGGAUGCAGUCAGAAAAGGAAAGAAGAGAAAGCCAUGAUGGCUAAACUUCAGCGAGCGAGAGCCAAUUCGAUUGGGAACCUGGGGUCCCCUUGGGGACCAGAGAGACCCUUCCACGUGGCCAACCACCUCUCCAAGGACAUGAGGAUUCGGGGUAUCGUGGAUUACAUGGGAAAAGACAAGUGUACCCAGGAGACCAUGAAUCCAGAGGACGAGGUGGACGAGUUCCUGGGACGAGCCAUCGACGCCAGGAGCAUUGACCGGCUGCGCUCGGAACACGUCAGGAAAUUCUUACUGACCUUCAGGAAGGGGGAGCUGGAGAAGAAGUAUUCCAAGGAGGUGGAUGACCGUUCCGGGGGAUAUGUGGUGUGUGCUUUCCUGGUCUUUUUUUUCAUCUGUUUGGUGCAGAUUCUCAUCAUGCCGCAUUCCUUCCUGAUGUUGGGGUUUUAUCUCAGUUGCUGCCUGGUAUUGAUCACUAUCCUGUUUGUCUGUGCGAUCUACUCCUGUUUCAGACUCUUCCCCACCCCUCUGCAGCACAUCUCCAAGAAGAUAGUGCAGUCGAGGACCAACAGCACCAUCGUGGGAAUCUUCACCAUUAUCCUGGUCUUUCUAUCAGCGUUCAUCAAUAUGUUUGCCUGCAACUCGGAAGACCUGCGGGAGUGUGUGGCGAAGGAACAGAACAUCACUCCGAGGAUGGUGAAUGCCUGUUACCUCAAAUCUUUAAAUUACACUUUGGGGGAAGAGGUUAGUCCGUGUGGAGGCACGUCCCUCUUCUGCAACUUUCCAGAGUAUUUCACCUACAGUGUGCUGCUGACAUUGUUGGCCUGUGCAGUGUUCUUACAGAUAAGCAGCAUUGGCAAACUCACCCUCAUGUUCAUCAUCGAAGUCAUUUUCAUCAUCCUCGUGGAGUGGCCGAAGGUCAACCUCUUCGACAACUUUGACCUCCUGGUUGCGGCCAAUGCUCUGGCGACCUACAAUGAAACAGAAACUUGCCAGGAGAUGGGUAGCAAGGUUGCUCUCAAGUACGUGACCCCUGUUAUCCUGACGGUGUUUGUCCUGGCUCUGUACCUCCACGCACAGCAGGUGGAGUCCACAGCCCGGCUCGACUUCCUGUGGAAACUACAGGCCACAGAGGAGAAGGAGGAGAUGGAGGAACUUCAGGCUUAUAACCGAAGGCUGCUUCACAACAUCCUGCCCAAAGACGUGGCAGCUCACUUCCUCGCCCGUGAGCGGCGUAACGAUGAACUCUAUUACCAGUCCUGUGAGUGUGUCGCAGUCAUGUUCGCCUCCAUCAGCAACUUCUCCGAGUUUUAUGUGGAGUUAGAGGCAAACAACGAGGGUGUGGAGUGUCUCCGGCUCCUGAAUGAAAUCAUCGCCGACUUCGACGAGAUUAUCAGUGAGGAACAAUUCAGACAACUGGAGAAGAUUAAAACCAUUGGCAGCACCUACAUGGCAGCCUCAGGUCUCAAUGAUUCCACAUAUGACAAGGCUGGGAAGUCACACAUUAUGGCACUGGCCGACUAUGCCACGCGACUGAUGGAGCAGAUGAAAUAUAUUAACGAGCACUCCUUCAAUAAUUUCCAGAUGAAGAUCGGGCUGAACAUUGGCCCGGUGGUGGCAGGGGUAAUCGGAGCCCGAAAACCUCAGUACGACAUCUGGGGCAACACGGUGAAUGUGGCCAGUCGGAUGGAUAGUACGGGCAUCCCCGACAAGAUUCAGGUGACGGGGGACAUGCAGCAGGUCCUCGCUGCCAAGGGCUACCACCUGCAGUGCCGUGGCCUGGUGAAGGUGAAAGGCAAGGGAGAGAUGAUGACCUACUUCCUCAGUGAGGGCCCGGCUAACAGUUAGCGGGCAGUGGGAAGGAGCACAGAUCGGUGACGGGGAGGGAGGCGGAGGACAGGAGCUGGCUGGAUCCAUCCGGACAAACAAGGCCGUCAGCCAUCUGACCGCUCCUUCAGGAGAAGC